AUGGCCACCAUUUCUAAAACCCGUACGGCGAAGAAACGAGCAUUAUCCCCACUUGGAGAUCAGAACAUCGUCUUGGGUGAGCCUUAUGACGGGGACAAUGACGAGGAUUUUCUCGGUGAUAAAAUCGGUGGUAAUGGUGGACGCCAUAAAAAACAGAAGCCACAAACGGAUAUGAAACAACAGCAACAACAACAAGAGGAAAAACCACCAGGAUGGUGGCCAGAUCGGUAUGCACCUGAGAACCCAGAAUCUCCCAGCAUGAUUUCAAGAAUGAACGCGGUGAUCAAAAAGUGCAACAAGGCAGGUUACAGCCUAGAAGAUUUAUGGAAAGACGACGGCUUGAUGGUCCAAGCAAUUCUCAAAGGUGGGCGACACAGACUCACGCAAAGAACCUUCGACAGAAUCGACUAUCCUGUUGUUUUCAAACAAAGCAAAAAAGGAGUCGCCACAGCCGGCUAUGAACUCCAACGGAACAGCAGCAAUGCUAUCGAAAGCGAUUCACAAUACCUAGCGACAGAUGCUCCUGCACUCUCUCUACCAGACCGAGACGACUCGGAUGAAUCGCCUCCAAGCAGUAACCACUCGAAUUCCGGCGCUCACAAUGACGAACUGCUUACAUCACCCAAUCGUGCUGUUUCUGUCGACAGCGACAAGAGCUUUCCUGCCCCUCCAACACCACCUCCUGCGAGCGAAACCAUAUCCCGCCUCAGGGGCAGCGACUGGCUCAAAGACAUUGAUAUAUUGCGUUGUGUGGAGCUUUUGAAUGCCUCUCCUGAAUGGCAUAUUUCGAUUCGGGAUAUCCCUCGCCGACGUCCAAAUUGGCUGCUCAAACAUUACAACUCUCUUCUGUCCGAGAUGCCGGUUAAUGACCUAAAGUCAUGGAUACUGGAACAGCCGGCAAUUAGGCUUACUGGUGAACUCAGCAUCCGCGAAGAAAAAUGCCCUCAACAAAGAGAUGGCUUCAAUUGCGGUAUCUUUACACUGGCUGUCUUGCAGGCUCUGCUGAAUGGGAAUAGUAUCCCAUCGGAAGUCGAUGCCAAUCAUCUUCGCAGUCUUUUUGCAGGACAGCUUGAAAGCACUACAAGUUCGGAACUCGCCCAGCCCUCCAGUGAAGCUGUAUCUCCUGGAAUGCCACCAAGAAGCCGCCGAGCGUCAUUUGAGCAGAGCCAUUCCGACGCCCACAACCUUGGCCUACUUGACGACCCUGGAGAGCAUGGCGUUGCAUUCCCCCCCCUGAGCCACUUACAAGAAUUUGCAAAGAGCUUGGAAAAAACGGAAGUCAACCUGAGAGAAGAUAUAAAAGCCCUUGAAAAGCAAAAGGAACAACUGGCGAAAAUGUCGCAAGAACGAUAUUUAUUUCAGCAAAAGCUUGCAAAUAGUCAGAAGUUGGCAGACGAGCUCACAGGGAAGGUUGAGAAGUCAGAGGCCGAUUAUAAAGCGGCAUGCGAGUGCUUGAGCCAAUGGAUCACGGGUUGCAAGGUUGAACCUGCAAAUACAUUGCUGAAUAAGAUCAUAUCGGAUGCCAAGUCAACAAUUCAAUCAUCGGCGGCAGAAAUAAACUCGCACAAGGAAAUAUUGGAAAGCAUGCAAGCAAAGUGCGAUGAAUAUAAGGACACGAUAGAAAAACUACAGGCCGAGAUUCUUUCCAGCACCAAACAGGGAGACGUGAUAGAGAAGAAUAUUAGGAGAAACAGAGAGAGUUUGACGCAUGUAAAUCAGGAAUUUGCCAAGAUUGCGGUGUCACUAGGGUUCACUGAAUGGUGA